AGCGCCCGCCGCCGCCAGCACCAUGGCCAGCACCAUGUCGGCCUACAAGGAGAAGAUGAAGGAACUGUCAGUGCUGUCACUCAUCUGCUCCUGCUUCUACACACAGCCACACCCCAACACCAUCUACCAGUACGGGGACAUGGAGGUGAAGCAGCUGGACAAGCGGGCCUCUGGCCAAAGCUUCGAGGUCAUUCUCAAGUCCCCUUCUGACCUGUCACCGGAGAGCCCUGUGCUUUCCUCCCCGCCCAAGAAGAAGGACACCUCCCUGGAGGAGCUGCAGAAACGGCUGGAGGCAGCCGAGGAGCGGAGAAAGACGCAGGAGGCGCAGGUGCUGAAGCAGCUGGCGGAGCGGCGCGAGCACGAGCGCGAGGUGCUGCACAAGGCGCUGGAGGAGAACAGCAACUUCAGCCGCCUGGCGGAGGAGAAGCUCAACCACAAGAUGGAGCUCAGCAGGGAGCUCCGCGAGGCGCACCUGGCCGCGCUGCGCGAGCGGCUGCGCGAGAAGGAGCUGCACGCGGCCGAGGUGCGCAGGAACAAGGAGCAGCGGGAGGAGAUGUCCGGCUAAGGGCCCUGGACGCGGCGGUGGCGCCUGGAUCCCGAGAUGAGAGGAAAACACGUUCGGGUUUCGGUUUCGUUUUGUUCAACCUGUCUAGAUGCAACUUUUGUUCCUCUCCCCUCCCCCACACUCCCGGCUUCAUGCUUCGCUUCCCGCGCCCCGAGCUGUCCGGUCUUUGUGGCGAGCUGGCCACGCUUUCCCGGCGGAGCCCCCAGGCGUGCGACGCGGCCUCAGUCCACACGCCAGGCC